AGAAUUAUGAGAUACACAUGACAAACUGAAAAAAAAAGAAAAAAAUAUUUAAUGAAUUUUUUGAUUUGGUUAGAGGGUUUUAAUUGUCAAUUUUAAUGAAUCUUGGCAAAUUUUAAAGCAAAUUGUCAAUUUUAAUUUCAGAUCUUUGAAACUGCUAAAAUUUUAAAACUGAAGCUUCAACUUAUGAGGUCUACAAAUUGUGGAGAAAUUGAGGAUCUGGGAAUAAUAAAAUGGAGAAAAUCUGUGAAUUCUGCACAGCAUUGAGGCCAGUGGUUUACUGCAAGGCUGAUGCAGCUUUUCUUUGCUUAUCCUGUGAUGCAAGGAUCCAUUCAGCUAAUGCACUCUCGAACCGCCAUCUCCGAACCCUCUUAUGUGACGCGUGCAGAAAUCACCCGGCUUAUGCUCGGUGUAUGGAUCACCGGAUGUUCGUGUGUCGUGGCUGCGAUCAGAGUAUUCAUGGCGUCUCUUCCCCGCACCAGAGACGGAUUCUUAGUUGCUAUUUAGGAUGCCCUUCUGCUAAAGAUUUUGCAGCAUUGUGGGGGUUUCAAUUGGAUGAUGUGGAUAAAAAUGAUGUUCGGAACAAUCAACUAUUUGCUGCUUCAUUCGACACUCGCCAACAAAUCGGAAGCUCCUCAAGAACAUCUAGAGUGGGAAUGAGCAUUAAACAAAAUCAGAUAUCCGGCAAAGGCCGAGGACAGCAAAACAAUGAUUUUAUCCUGCAACAAAUUCUUGAUUUGAAAAAGCUUCAGCUCAAUGAGAUGGAUCAUAAGAGUUCAUAUGUAAUACCUGAAGACGGUGAUGAUCUUUUACGACAUUCUCAGGAUCUAGGUGACAAUGACUGUCUACUUCAUGAUCUAAAGAUAGAGUCUUCGCAGUUACCAUUUUCUCAACCAGAGAAUUUACCCUUGCCUUCAACGGCUGCAAAUCCUUUACUUGGAGAAUCCUUUUGGCAAUGCAGAAGCCCAAAUCAGAGUAGUCAGUUGUGGUCUCAAAAUAUGCAAGACCUUGGUGUCUGCGAAGACAAUGCUUCUCACGAUGACUUUAACAUGCCCGAUGUUGAUAUAACAUUUCGCAACUUUGAAGAACUGUUUGGAACUGAACAAGACCUAGCUAUGGCACUGCUUGAUGAUACUGAUGCUUCGUGCUCCUCUUUUGAGAAGGAUAUGUCUCUCGAUACCUCACAGAACAGAAAUGCAAGAGCAAGGGAGGAAACUUCUGCCGCAUCUUCAACUUAUGUUGGUCUGCCUAUAAUCAAUAGAAAUAUGGGUCCUCCUAACCAAGUUUACAGUUUACCAGCUAGUCUAGAUUCCCCUCGGACAGUUCAUCAAUCUUAUUCUGCUAUAUCAUUCUCUGUUUCAAGAUUUAGUGCUGAAAGCAAUGGCAAUGACUAUCUUGACAGUGGAUUUUCACCGUAUAUCACAGCAGCAGAACUUUCACACGUAUCACCGGAUGUGGGAUUUGCACAUUCAGCAGCAAAAGAAAAUGCAAUGGCGAGGUAUAAAGAGAAGAAAAAGGCCCGAAUGCAAGAAAAGCAAAUUCGAUAUGCACCUAGGAAAGCAAGAAAUGAUGUCGGGAAGCGCACAAAAGGCCGAGUAGCAAAGGCGACAGAAGACUACGAUUCCGAUACCGUGGAUGUAACAAGAAGCUACUGAUUGUUGAAUGUUUUAAGGCACGGAUUUGUACAUAAAAUCAGAGACUGAUAUUCAGCUCUAAGUUACUGUCAUGUUAAGACAUUUCAAUACAACCAAUUCUUUUAAACCCAAUUUUUUAAUUAAAGCCUAGAUAAUUAUUGCUUA